UACUUCUUCUUGCUUACUUGCGCCAAACUGCUGGGAGCAGCUGGAAAUUCUUGCAGAGAAUCAAAGUGUGAGGACAAUCAUGGCCUAGCCAUUUACUACCCAUUCAGUCGAGGACAACAUUGUGGCGGUGAUCCUGUGCUGAAAUGUACCCAGCCUCAUGAAAUAGUACUUGCAGAGAAGUCGGUAGUGCUAGUAAAAUUCUUUGUGAAACACAUAGAUUAUAAGCAUCAGAAAAUCCAGCUCAAUCAACCAGAUGAAUGCUUGGUGCUAAAGCCUUCCGACAUCUCAUACAUGCCAGCUUCUCCCUUCUAUUUCCCCUUCUCUUCCUCACAGGAGAGCAUGAAUAUUAGCCUAUAUGACUGUCCUACUAUUCCUCUUGAAAGAGAGUAUCUGAAGCAAGUUCCAUGCCUAAGUGGCACUGCGGCCUCCCUAAUAUACGCUGUUCGUUCAGAGGAGAACUUACCCACAUACAUGGUAUCACUAAGGUCUUGUACAAAGAUGUAUGAUGUUUUAUCACUUCCAUAUGGAAUUUGGUGGGGAGAUGAAAGAUACUUUAUGCUAAAUUGGUCUAAACCAAAUUGUAGUGAAUGUGAGGCAGAGGGUAAGAGGUGUAGAUUGCAGAGGAAUGGAACCAACACUAGAAUUGAAUGUGUUCACUUGAGGAAACCAAGUGCAACAACAAAAUUAGUUGCUACAGGUGCUACUGUGGGUACAGUUCUUUUAUUACUACUGCUCAUCCCAGUUUAUCGGGCUUAUAAUUCCGAUAGAAAGGAAAAGGAACAUCAGAGAAAAAUUGAAAUAUUUUUGGAAGAUUACAAAGCACACAAGCCAAGUAGAUACUCAUAUGCAGAUAUAAAGAGAAUUACAAAUCAAUUCAAGGACAAGGUGGGAGAAGGAGCCUAUGGAACUGUGUUUAAAGGAAAUCUUUCUUCUGAACUCUUUGUUGCUGUGAAAGUCCUGAAAGUUUCUGAUGGGAAUGGGGAAGAUUUUAUCAAUGAAGUGAGGACACUAGGUCAUAUCCACCAUGUCAAUGUGGUUCGCUUGGUUGGAUUUUGCGCUGAUGGGUUUAUACGAGCUCUAGUUUAUGAAUUCUUCCCAAAUGGUUCACUGCAGGACUUCAUUUCAUCAGCAGAUAAUAAGAAUGGAUUCCUGGGUUGGGAUAAGUUGCAAGAGGUUGCACUAGGCAUAGCCAAAGGAAUUGAAUAUCUACAUCAUGGAUGUGAUCAUCAAAUCCUUCAUUUCGAUAUCAAACCCCAUAAUGUUCUGCUAGACCACAGCUUCACUCCAAAAAUUUCUGAUUUUGGUUUGGCCAAGUUGUGUUCAAAGGAUCAAAGUAUAGUGUCAAUGACUACAGCUAGGGGAACUAUGGGCUACAUUGCACCUGAAGUUUUCUCUAGGAACUUCGGGAACGUGUCUCACAAGUCGGAUGUAUAUAGUUUUGGAAUGAUGUUGCUUGAGAUGGUAGGAGGGAGGAAGAAUAUUGGUGCAACCAUGGAUAGCAUGAAUGCAGUAUAUUAUCCAAAGUGGAUCUAUAACCUCUUGGAAGAGGGAGAAGACCUCAGAAUCCAUAUUGGAGAAGAAGGGAAUUCAAAAAUCCCAGAGAAACUUUCAAUUAUUGGCUUGUCAUGCAUCCAGUGGUACCCUGUGGAUCGUCCUUCUAUGAAAAUAGUGGUUCAGAUGCUAGAGGGAAGAGAAACACUAACAAUGCCGCCUAAUCCUUUUGCAACAACAAGACAUAGUAGAGCAAAUGUUGGAAGCAUUCCUAAUAGACCCAUGUACCUUGAAUUAGAAACAAUUACUGAACUAGAAUAGUAUCUGUAUAGAUAGAAUCAACUGUUUAAGAAUGAUAUCAUUUUACUAUCUUAUUCAUAAAUCGAUAGAUGCAUUUUGUCUUGUAGAGCAUCCAAGGUGCAUGCUCAGCAAGAGUACCACAUAGCUGUA